AUGAAUAACUCUUAAUCGAACUAUUUCUAAAAUGAUGACUACAGAUUUUAAGCAGAUGAGGAUUAUAUUGAUUUUGAAGAAUUACCAUAGAAUGAUAUAAUGAGAUACGAAAAUGAUUAUGAAAAGUAUGAAUUAUUUUAAAGUGUUUGAUAGUAUAGACUUGGUUAACAAUAAGGUUUUAAUUGAAGAGGAUAUGAACUAGAGUGAGAUGUUAAAGGUAUCUUCAACGCUUUGUAUGAGGGAAGAUGAAUCAGAUGAGUCAGAAGAGGAGUCUUAACUUUAAGGAACGUAAGUGAAUAUUAUAUCAUAUUAUACAGUCAAUCAAGAACAUGUACUUCUGGGACAAUGUAAAAAUCAAUAAGGAAGAGGAAUAGGAUUAAAGAAGAACCUGUAAGAUAUGAAUGAUUGAUAGUUUAUUGUAGAAGAGGAAGAUUAAGAAGUGGAGUGAGGAAGAGGAUAAGCAUUUGGAAGAUUUGUUUCAAAUUUAUAAAGGAGAAUGGGAAACUAUAGUUAAAUUUUUGGAAGGAAGAACAGUUUCAUAAUGUAAAUAGCACUGGCAGCGUUUGAGUGGGGGUUAGGACAAGAAGAGGAAGUGGACAGAGGAGGAGAACUAGAUGAUCUUGUCAUUUACAAAGGAUAACCCAUAGUUUAAUAAUUGGGCUUUGAUUGCUUCAAGUAUGAAAUGUUGAUUAAAGAGAGGAAUGCAGGGUAGGAAUGGAAAGUAAAUAAGAGAGCAUUAUAUGAAUCAGUUGCGUCCUGGGAUUAAGAAUAAGUAGAGUUGGAAUGAGGAAGAUGACAAGUUGUUGUUAAACUUAUAUCAGAAAUAUGGGAGUAAAUGGUGUUAGAUAAAUAAACAUUUUGAAGGAAGAACUGUAAAUUAUAAUUAAUUAAUGAAGGAAAUAAUGUUGAAGAAUAGAUUCAAUAAAUUAUAAAAGGGUAACAAUUACAUUGACCACUUUCUCAAUAUCAAUGAUGAACCACAAUAAUAAUAAUAAUCUCACACAUUCUCUUUUAAUUGA